AUUCAGAGGCUGCAUGCUCUCUGCCAGCGAGUGAAAUCAAGCUGUUGCCGCCGUGCCCAUGCUGGUGAUAAGUCCAUCGCGGUGAUUCGAGCCUGGAAUGGAUACUGAACGGCGGAAAUAUGAAGAGCUCUCCACCUCAGCCUUCUCCGCAUCUUCAAUCCUCCUGCCCGCGACCAUCAACCACAAUACAAUAAGUACAGCCCGGAUACUCGUGUCUGAAGUGGUGACGCUUUUGCGCACAACACCUCGACCGAAACCUGGAGCUCAUCUCCUCUACGGAAAAGCGUCUGUGGUUCUCGCUGAACCCCGCCCCAGCUGGACGUCGUCGCAAAUAAGCGCCGACCAGACCGCUCCCAACCUCACGAACGUUUCGAAACAUCAUACAUCCACAACAUGAUGUUCUUCAUGUCCAGGAAGUGGAGGGUUCCGCGAGUGAUACUUGGCUUGAUCAUUUUCGAGUUCCCUCUUACAGUGGCCUGCUUGACUUUGACUGGAAUUGCUGCGCCCAAUUUAUACAGAAAUAAGUUAUGGCAGACUGGUGGAGAUUUGGGCUUCAACAGCAAGCCGAUUACAAUUGUCUACGCUUAUGCCAACUAUCGUCCCGUCGAUAUACCACUGGUCUGGAGCCAAUUCUCAACCAACUUUAACCUCGUCAUAAGCGUCCUCUCCAUGUUCCUACUCCUCACAAAGAUGACAAUGCACAUUCUCGGCACAUUCUAUCCUGUCAUGUCCCUCAUCGUCCAUGGCCUCCUUGUCGGACUCUGGAGCUAUAGCGUUCAUGUACAAACAGCGCCCGACACCAUCGAUCGUAAUCGAAUCAACAAUGGUGUUCCAUGGUAUAUUUCCAAGAGCUGUAACGUUGCGCCUGAAGGCGAGGUCAGGGGUUACUGCAUGCAGGCGAAAGGGUUCUUCGCCAUGACUAUCGUCUCUCUGCUACUCUUUUCUACCCAUUUCAUCCUUGCGCUGUGGUCGGCAAUACCUACCGAAGACCAGAAAGCAGCCCGGAGGACCAAGAUUGAAGAGAAGAAGAUGUUCUCGCCAGGCUCAGGCUCUGAUUUUAGCGCCGAGGAUGCGUGGCAGCGGCAGUGGGAGAUGGGUCAGAUUCCCUCCACUCCUGGAACCACAGGUGGGAUCAAGAGCCCGUUCACGCCACGCACGCAGGCAUUCCACAACCUUGGCGGCGGCAUGGACCAAACAGAGCACACGCAACCACGGGCCAGUGGUCUGCCUCUCAGAGAACGUUUCGGAGAAUUUUAUCGACAAUAAUUCCGCGUAGGUGCAUCAUGUGACCAUGAUUCGCUCUGUGAAACACAUUGAGCAUGCAACUUGAUCACGGUUUGUGGGCUUGGGAAAAUGGAGUAGAGGUCUGGGCAGUCCUAAGAGGACGGAUUGAUACCAUGGGCACGACGCCGUUUUUGAUUGUCUUUAUAACCACAUCUGAAAGCAUACACGAACGCCAUGUGUCCUCUAUUUACUGUCGAAUACUAGCCGAAUAUUUGAAUAAAUUUUUAUCAUGAG